AUGCCGUCUCGACAUUCGACUGUGCCCAAUCUGGACUUCAGCUUGUUCAGAUCUGACGCGAACAAUGGAAAGUUACCGUCGCCUCUUUCCCCUGGUCAGAGCUCUGAUGGGUUAAGCCCCUUGACACCGCGCUCUCCCAAAUCACCGUCGAGCUCACCCCUCUUCAAGGGUGCCACCAUUCGUCCCGUCACUCAGGACUCAAACGGCAAAGCGACCAGUCCGACAACUCCGGCUUCACCCAACACUUUGCCCAUGGAGUCUACGGAAUCCGCUACCGAACAGCCCCCAACCCCCGGGUUCACAGCCAUUCCACAAUACUUUCCCUCUCCUAAAGGCCCUUCCAAGCAUUCACGAGAGCAAUCCAAAUCAUUCUUCGGCAAUCUGAAAGCCCCAAAGUCAUCUCACCGAGCGCACCGUUCAGACAGCUCAGAAACCUCCACAGAACCUCCGAAAAGCCGUGGAAAUUCAAGAGAUAGAAGGCUCUCAAUGGCGCGCAUCUUGUCUGAAUCGACACCCGAUCUGCCCGCCAUGAUUGCUCAGUCAGAAGAGCCCGAAAGACUCAAAACAUCGUCCGGUGAUAAGUCUACACAAAGAACAGGUCACAAGAAAGCCAGCACCGAGCCCGACUCCGCUCCCGCAAAGAAAAACAAGCGAUUUGCCAAUCUUCUGACGCGGUCUCGGUCUAUUCGAGUCGACGAAACGGCUGCAAACAGAGCCCCUGGGAGACGACCUUCAACGGGCCUGGCUAAAUUGGAGGAAUUCACCAAAACUGAAUCACAGAAGCCCGCGAUCCAGAAACCUGCGAUACAUAAACCUGCAACAUCUGUGACGACACAACCAGAGCGACCAAACCGACCGACAGGGAAUCAUCUUGAACGACCAACGGAAAUGGUCCCUAUCAGAAAGGAGAAGACUGCUCAGUCUAUGACUCAGUCUAACUCCUUGAGUCAGGUGUCGGGGGCAUCUGCAGCAAUCUUUAGCAACCUUAAGCAGUCCUCAAGCGGUGCGGCAGACCGGUUGGGCAAAGCAGGAAAGGGCUUCUUUGGCAAGAUUACUCGGAGCGGUAGUACUAAUGAGCGAGAGUUGGUAACCGAUGAUUCCUAUGUCUGCUCUGUGAUCAAUCUUCCCCUGAUUGAGCAGGCACGAAAGACACGGAUUGCGAAGAACCUGGGAGGCUGCAGGGAUAAGACUGAGUUCUGGAUGCCUGCUCUUCCAUAUCGCUGUAUUGAUUAUCUCAACUUUAAGGGCUGUGAGGAGGAAGGCCUUUACCGAGUACCUGGAAGCGGCAGAGAGGUCAAGCACUGGCAGAGACGAUUUGAUUCCGAGUUAGACGUUAGUCUCUUCGACGUCCCAGACCUUUACGACAUCAACACCAUCGGAUCCUUGUUCAAAGCCUGGCUUCGUGAAUUGCCAGAAGAGCUCUUCCCCAAAGCCACCCAAGAAAUGAUCGCUAAAAAAUGUGAGGGGGCGACUUCCCCUCCGCAAUUGCUCAAAGAUGAGCUCUCCAAACUUCCGCCCUACAACUACUACCUCCUCUUUGCCAUCACCUGCCACCUGAAUCUCCUCCACUCUUAUGUUGAUCAGAACAAGAUGGACUACCGCAACCUAUGCAUUUGUUUCCAACCUUGUAUGAAGAUCGAUGCCUUCUGCUUCCAGUUCCUCGUCUGUGAUUGGAAAAACUGCUGGCAAGGUUGCUGGACCGAGAAGGAAUGGGUCGCCAAGGAGAAGGAGAUGGACGAGCAAGAAGAGAAGGCUGCCGAAGAGAAGGCCAAGGCCGCCAAGGCUGUAUCGUCCAAGGCAUCUUCUACUCAUGAACGAGCUGUCUCGUCUAGCUCGAGCUCACAAGCUGAGGAGGAGCGACCUCGUCCUGAAACGUCCCGAGGUCGGAAGAAGGCCCGGCCUCAGAAUAUCGAGACAGGUGCCAUGCACAACAGAAGCAUCUCCCAACUUCCGGAACUUGGCCCACCACUUUCGCCUAUCAAAAUAUAG